GAUCAAGCCUAUCUUCACUGCGCCUGCUUUCGGACAUUGGUUUCUAGUCACACUGAGCAGCCUCACGGUUGCCGAGAACACCUUGCGACAUGGGGUCGCAUCGGUCAGCUGCCAUGCUAGCGCUCAGCUUGGCCCUGAUCGCCCUGUCCAUGGCUGAGACGACCGACACCAAUGGCAAGACAGUUGUGUGCUACUGGCAAUCGUGGUCACACAAAAGGCCGGCACCCCAUACCUACACCGUGGACGACAUCCCCGUUCAUCUAUGCACGCACGUGAUCUACUCCUAUGCCAAGCUGGACAACCGUGCCAGUAGCCUGUACCUCGACAAAGAAUUUGACACUGGAGAAGGUGGAUACAUUCGAUUUCUAGGCCUAAAAAAGAGAAACCCCAAAGUGAAGCUCCUACUUGCCCUGGGAGACCGGUACGGCAACGACAGUGCCACCUGGUACGAAGCCGUCCACGACCCGACCAGAAGGUACCGCGUCGUGACCAUGCUCUACAGGCUGCUGAGGGAGUAUAACUUUGACGGCGUCCACAUCAACUGGGAGAUUGCCAACGGUAUUGAGGGCAGCGGCACCGACAAUGCAUUUGUCAAGUUUGCUUGGCAAAUACGAAUGACGUUCAAGCGACACUCCAAUUUCAUUAUGAGCUGCGUCAUCGUUCUGCCAAGACAGAAAGACGUCUACACGUUCCUACACGAGCUCGUACCGUAUGUUGAUUUUUUCCACGCAAGUGCUCGCAACGUAUCAACUGGCCUCAUCAGCACGUCUAAUAGCGCACGCAAGAGCAAAGGUGCAUUGUUGACGCCUUUGUCCCCGGCAGACAUCCGUCGUGGCCUACAAUACCUAUUGGAAGCCGGCUUGCCCCAUGAAAAAGUGCUCCUCGAAGUUCCAUUCUCGGGGCUGAAAGAUCGCCCGAGUGUUCAGCUUUCUAAGGAAGGUGACGAUGAAAAUCACGACGUAAUAGUUCCGUAUUUUAAGGUGUGCGCGAUGAUUCGCAGUGGAGUUCCCUCUAAGUGGGACGAACAGAGGCUGUCGUCCUACUUACUUCUAGCGGAUGGUCAGCGUGUUUUUUAUGACGACGCUGACAGCGUACGUCGAAAGGUGAUUCUCGCAAGAUCUACCGCAAUCGGAGGGGUGGUUGCAUGGGCAGUGGACGUGGACAACCAGGAUACAGCAUACAAGCGCAAGAACGACCUGCUUACCGGCAUUGUUGAAGGCAUGAAUGUGGAUUUAAAUUUGCCGGAUAUCACCACACUGAGAGUAGAAAACGUUGCAAUACCAGAAACGUCAUCUGCCCCAAAUUUCUGGACGAAGUAUGCCACUGAAGAUUUGGGAACCACUGCUGAUCAUACAGUUACAGAUGGCUCCUACACAGCAAUAUCAGAAACAUCAUCUUUGCGAAAUUUCUUGAGGGAGAACGCAACUGAAGAAUUGGGAACCACUGCUGGUCAUGCAGUUACAGAAGGCUCGUACACAUCGGCAUCAGAAACAUCGUCAAUGCCAAACUUCUGGAGGGAAAACGCAACUGAACAAUUGGGAGCCACUCAUAAUCAUGCAGUUACAGAAAGGUUGUACACAUCAGCAUCAGAAACAACGUCUGUCCCCAAUUUCUGGAGGGAGAACGCAACUGAAGAAUUGGGAACCAGUGCUGAUCAUGCAUUUACAGAAGGCUCGUACACAUCAGCAUCACAAACAUCGUCUAUGGCAAAUUUCUGGAGGGAGAAAGCAACCGAAGAAUUGAAAACUACAGUUGAUCGUGCAGUCACAGAAGGUUCGAACACAACAAUGUCAGAAACAUCAUCUAUGCCAAAUUUCUGGAGGGACAACGCAACUAAGGAAUGGGGAACCACUGCUGAUCAGGCAGUUACAGAAGGCGUGUUCACAUCAGCAUCAGAAACAACGUCUGUCCCCAAUUUCAGGAGGGAGAACGCAACUGAAGAAUUGGGAACCACUGCUGAUCAUGCAGUUACGGAAGGCUCGUACACAUCAUCAUCAGAAACAUCGUCUGUGCCAAAUUUCUGGAGGGGGAAUGCAACUAAAGAAUUGGGAACCACUGCUGAUGAUACAGUUACAGAAGGCUCGUACACAACAAUGUCAAAAACAUCAUCUAUGCCAAAUUUCUGGAGGGAGAACACAACUGAGGAAUUGGGAACCACUGCUGAUAGUGCAGUUACAGAAGGCUCGUACACAUUAGCAUCAGAAACAACGUCUGUCCCCAAUUUCUGGAGGCAAAACGCUACUGAAGAAUUGGGAACCAGUGCUGAUCAUGCGGUUACAGAAGGCUCGUACACAUCAGCAUCAGAAACGUCGUCUAUGCCUAAUUUCUGGAGGGAGAAAGCAACCGAAGAAUUGAAAACUACAGUUGAUCGUGCAGUCACAGAAGGUUCGAACACAACAAUGUCAGAAACAUCAUCUAUGCCAAAUUUCUUGAGGGAGAACGCAACUGAAGAAUUAGGAACCACUGCUGAUCAUGUAGUUACAGAAGGCUUGUACACAUCAGCAUCAGAAACAAAGUCUGUCCCUAACUUCUGGAGGGAGAACGCAACUGAAGAAUUGGGAACCAUUGCUGAUCAUGCAGUUACAGAAGACUUGUACACACCAGCAUCAGAAACAACGUCUGUCCACAAUUUCUGGAGGGAGUACGCAACUGAAGAUUUGGGAACCACUGCUCAUCAUGCAGUUACAGAAGGCUUGUACACAUCAGCAUCAGAAACAACGUCUGUCCCCAAUUUUUGGAGGGAGAACGCUACUGAAGAAUUGAGAACUACAGUUGAUCGUGCAGUCACAGAAGGUUCGAACACAACAAUGUCAGAAACAUCAUCUAUGCCAAAUGUCUGGAGGGAGAACGCAACUGGGGAAUUGGGAACCACUGCUGAUCGUGCAGUUACAGAAGGCUCGCACACAUCAGCAUCAGAAACAACGUCUGUCCCCAAUUUCUGGAGGCAAAACGCUACUGACGAAUUGGGAACCACUGCUGAUCAUGCAGUUACAGAAGGCUUGUACACAUCUGCAUCAGAAACAACGUCUGUUCCCAAUUUCUGGAGAGAGAACGCAACUGAAGAAUUGAGAACUACAGUUGAUCGUGCACUCACAGAAGGUUCGAACACAACAAUGUCAGAAACAUCAUCAAUGCCAAAUGUCUGGAGGGACAACGCAACUAAGGAAUGGGGAACCACUGCUGAUCAUGCAGUUACAGAAGGCUUUUGGUGA